CAUUCUCUUGUCGCCGGGUGACCACUGACACACUUGGGUGUUUGGGGAGCAAGGCUGUAGGGCGGCAGAGGGCCCAGUGCAUGGGGGACCUGAGGCAGAGUUCACUUCACCACCACCACAGCUCGGAGGCCGAAGGUGGCCCCCACAGGGGACAGGACAAUGGUGUCCUGGGCACGGGCGCCCAGGACACGGUGUCUGGGAGCCGACGGGCCACAGACGCCGGGAAGCUGAGAUUUGAAGACCAGGAGGAGGAGGCUCUUCCAGAGGAGGCGACUGGGGGAGAAGUCCCUAGCCCCCAGAAGCAAGAUGUGGCCCUCGUGCCCCUGGAUGGGGGUCCGGAGAAGGACUUGGACGAGGGCGUCUCUGAGAUGAGCCGGCUGUCUACCUCCCAGAGGUUCCCCAGCAUCUCCUCCGUUGGAGGCAGGAAGAGGAGGAGGCUCUUGGAGCUGGCAAAGCCCAAGACCAACUGGCAAGUCUUGAAAGACAGGAUGGGGUGCUGCUGUAAGGGCUAUGCCUGGGUGUCCCCGUGCAAGAGGAACUUGCAGUUCUGUGUCUACUGGCCUUCUGUGUACUGGACGGAGAGGUUUCUCGAAGACACCACCCUCACCAUCACAGUGCCGGAGGUGUCCCGUCGAGUGGAGGAACUGGCUCGACCUAAAAGGUUCUACUCGGAGUAUUACAACAACAACAGGAUCACCCCCAUCUGGCCCGUUCCCCGGUCUUCCCUGGAGCACCACGCUUCCAGUCGCCUGAGGGAACUGGCCGCCCCGAGGAUCCGGAAUAACAUUUGGAGCAUAAACAUGUCUGAGGUGUCCCAGGUCUCCAGGGCAGCCCAGAUGGCCAUCCCCAGCCCGAGGAUCCUACGGCUGGCGGAGCCCAGGUCCCCGGCCACCCUGUUGGAAGAGUGGGACCCCAUGCCCAAACCCAAGCCGCACGUGUCCGAUUACAAUCGUCUCCUUCACUUAGCCACACCCAAGGCCCAGUCCAACCAGUGUGUUCCUGACCGAGAUCCGCGCUGGGAGGUGCUGGACGUCACCAAGAAGGCAGUGGCCAGUCCCCGGAUCAUCUCCCUGGCCAAGCCCAAAGUGCGCAAGGACCUCAACGAGGGCUACGACCCCUAUCACAUUUCCCCGGCGUGCCUGGCGGCUCGGGCAUCCCCUCGCCUGUAUGAGCUUGCCACCCCCAAGAGCGUCACCAAGAAAGCGUGAGCAGGCCUGGCCUCUGAGACCCCAUUCCCAGUAAACACCCAAGUGCAUCGUAACCCUGUGUGUGGUCGGCUCUGAGUGUUUUGGCCUGAAGGUGGGAGGGCCAAGUGGAGGAAGAGGAGGAAAAUAAUAAUGAUGUUUGCAUCCGACCUGUGGUGUGCAUGGGCCUGUUAUUUCCCAGAUCACUGUUUCCGGGCCUCUCCCACCCCUCAGAUGCCCAACUUCCGCCUCCCUCGACUCCAGAACUUUCCUUCUGAGUCUCCUGUGUCCAUACUUGCUUCUCCGACGACAUCCUGGGUGUCUUCUGCACCUCAAACUGAGUGACCUCUGUAAUAAAACCAGCUGAUGCCUAUUGCAUGAGUUCU